AUGCCAAAGGCCCAAGGCCUUCGCCUUCACUCGUGGUGGCCAGGACUACGGGGAUGUUGGGGCAGGGCACCGCAGAGGAGCAUUGUCGCCGAGGAAGCGCCUAUAAUCAUCAUUGCUGUUGCUGCCAAUGCUGCUUGGAACAGGGGAGACACAAGGGAGGAUGCAAGGCUUUCGCAAUAUACCAGCCAUGACUUUGAUCAAACAACACCGUGCGAUGUCCGGUCAAAAUCCGGGACAUUCGAGUCGAUCAGGCCCAAGGUCGGAGAUAAGCACCUGGAGUUCACUGCAACGUAUUUAUCUAACCGCACGAAAAUGAUCAGGAAGACAUGGGCUGAGGAGAAGGAUGAUGAUGAGGGGACGAUGAAGCCAUAUCCCCUCGGCCGUGGCUGA